GUGCCGGUGCGCUCCGCCGCCCCGGGCACCGACGGGCACCGGAGCAGGCCAUGCCGCCGCCGCCGCUGCUCCCGAUGCUCCCGCUGCUGCUCGUGCUCUGCCCGCUCCUGCCCCGCGCCGACCCGCUCUCCUACCCCGCCGUGAUUUCCCCCCAAGACCCCACGCUGCUGAUCGGUUCCUCGCUGGUGGCCACAUGCACGGUCAGCCCGGACUUUCCGCUGAAAGCCGAGGAUCUGUACUGGACUCUGAACGGGCGGCGCCUCCCGGCCGCGUCCUACGCUGCCCUGGGCCCCUCCACGCUCAGCGUGGCCCUCGCUCGCCUCAACGGCUCCAGGCAGCAGUCAGGGGACAACCUGGUGUGUCACAGCAGAGACGGCGGCAUCCUGGCCGGCUCCUGCCUUUAUGUUGGAUUACCCCCAGAAAAACCAGUCAACAUCACCUGCUGGUCCAAAAACAUGAAGGACCUGACCUGCAAGUGGGUGCCGGGGACAGAAGGGGAGACUUUCCUGCACACCAACUACACCCUCAAGUACAAGCGCAGGUGGUACGGCCAGGACAACACCUGCCAGGAAUACCACACGGCCGGGACCUACUCCUGCCACAUCCCCAAGGACCUGGCCCUCUUCACGCCCUACGAGAUCUGGGUGGAGGCGUCCAACCGCCUGGGGGUGGCCGUGUCCGACGUGGUCAUGCUGGACAUCCUGGACGUGGUGACCACGGACCCCCCGUCCGACGUGCACGUCAGCAGGGUGGGCGACCUGGAGGACCAGCUGAGCGUGCGCUGGAGCUCCCCGCCGGCCCUCAAGGAUUUCCUCUUCCAAGCCAAGUACCAGAUCCAAUACCGGGUGGAGGACAGCUCCGAGUGGAAGGUGGUGGAUGAUGUGGGCAACCAAACCUCGUGUCGCCUGGCCGGCCUGCGCCCCGGCACCGUCUACUUCGUCCAGGUGCGCUGUAAUCCCUUCAGCAUCUACGGCUCCAAGAAAGCCGGCAUCUGGAGCGACUGGAGCAACCCCACGGCCGCCUCCACCCCACGCAGCGAGCGAGUGGCGGGGGGCUGCGACCCCAAAGGGGGCGAGCAGAACACGACGCUGCGGCGGGAGCUGAAGCAGUUUUUCGGGUGGGUGAAGAAACACGCCUACGGCUGCUCCAACCUCGGCAUCAAACUCUACGACCAGUGGCGCGUGUGGCUGCAGAAAUCGCACAAAACACGCAACCAGGUUCUUCCCGGCGAUAAGCUGUAGCCCGCGGGGGAGCGAGCGCCGGCAGGAUGGGACGGGGCGCCCGGCGCCCACCCGGGACCGCCC